CGUCUGCCGUGAGCGCAUUGGCAGCGCCGGUAGUUACGAAGUAUACCUGACCCUCCUUCUUGGCUCUCUCAUCCUUCCUUCUUGGAUCUGAAUUUAGUCUCAGGAUAAUAACCCUCGCACCAACUUUGUUUCAGAAUCUGAUGGAUUCCAUAAGCCAGUGGGAUACUCUCACACCUCUGUUUCUUGCUUUCUGUGGCAUCUUCGCCGUCGCUUGGUAUGCCAGGAUCUUCUUCACCAAACCCAGUCCCAACCUACCUCCAGGUCCACCGGGCCUCCCCUUAUUCGGCAAUCUUCUCUCUCUCGAUCCCGAGCUUCACUCUUACUUCGCUUCUCUCUCUCAAACCUAUGGCCCCAUCUUCUCGCUCCGACUAGGCACCCAAUCCUGCAUCGUCUUUUCAUCCCCUUCAAUCGCUCGUCAAGUGCUCAAGGACCAUGACAUCACUUUCGCCAACCGUGACGUCCCCAUCGCCGGCAGGUUAGCCACCUACGGAGGAAACGACAUAGCUUGGUCUCGUUACGGACCUGAGUGGCGGAUGUUGAGAAAAGUGUGUGCGCUUAAGAUGCUCAGCAACACCACCUUGGAUUCCGUCUAUCAACUCCGUCGCACUGAGAUCCGAAAAACAGUUAGGUAUCUGUACAGCCGAGUCGGGUCUCCGGUGGACAUUGGGAAGCAGAUUUUCCUUACCAUAUUGAACGUGACCACUAGUAUGAUGUGGGGCAGGACGAUGGAAGGGGAUGAGAGGGCGGUUGUGGGAGCGGAGUUCAGGGAAGUGGUGGCGCACAUGACGGAGCUGUUGGGGAAACCCAACAUGUCAGACUUUUUUCCCGGUUUGGCCCGGUUUGAUUUGCAAGGCGUAGAGAAACAGAUGCGUUCAUUGGUCCCACGGUUGGAUCAGAUCUUCGAGAAGAUGAUAAAGCUGCGACUUGGGAGGGACAGUGACGGUGGGACUGAAGAAGAGAGUAAAGAUUUCUUGCAGUUUUUGUUGAAAUUGAAGGACGAAGAGAAUUCUAAAACGCCACUCACCAUGACCCACGUUAAGGCCCUCCUCAUGGACAUGGUGGUUGGAGGAAGUGACACAACUUCAAACGCGAUUGACUUUGCCUUAGCUCAUAUCAUAAAUGAGCCAGAGGUGAUGAAAAGGGUUCAAGAAGAAUUGGACAAUAUUGUGGGAAGAGAGAACACAGUAGAAGAGUCACACAUUCACAAGCUUCCAUGUUUGCUUGCUGUUAUGAAAGAAACUCUCAGGUUACAUCCUGCUCUUCCUCUUUUAGUUCCUCAUUGUCCAAGUGAAACCACCAUUAUAGAAGGCUACACUGUCCCAAAAGGCUCUCGUGUGUUUGUGAAUGUGUGGGCCAUACAUAGAGAUCCUUUGAUUUGGAACAAUCCUCUUCAGUUUGACCCUAUAAGGUUCUUGGAUGCGAAAUGGGAUUUUAGUGGGAAUGAUUUUGAUUAUUUCCCAUUUGGGUCUGGACGAAGAAUGUGUGCAGGGAUAGCCAUGGCUGAGAGGACCUUUCUAUAUUCUAUGGCAACACUGAUGCAUUCAUUUGACUGGAAAGUAGUUGAAGGCCAAGAGUUAGAUAUGUCUGAGAAGUUUGGUAUUGUGCUAAAAAAGAGAGUUCCUCUCGCUGCUAUACCUACGCCAAGACUAUCCAACCCCACUCUAUAUGAAUAGAAUGUGUAUGUUAAUUGACUUAGAGGAGUCAAUUAUUUGUUGAUAUAUAUGAUAAAGAGCACAUUUCAAUUCACAAGUCAAUAGUACAAUAACUAUCACCACUUAUUUAUGUGUUUGAUGGGUCAUGAAUAAAUAUAAGGUUAAAGUCUAA